AUGGGCGCAUGGUGCGCAUCUGAAUGUUGCCUGAGCAAUCCACCUCUCUUUCCCUCCACUCGCUUGUGUUGUGUUGUGUGCCGCAAUAGCAGCGCACUCACGUUACCAACUAAGCACACAUCCACAUCGACACACACCCACAUACACAUCCACAUACACGCAUCCACACCCACAACCGCAUCCACACACCAGCAGCUAGACGCUUUGUUCACGUUUGCCGGCGCUGCAAGCACACCGGAUGUCCAAACCGCACACAGGCCUGUGGAUGGCCGCGCUGAUAUCGGCUGUUGUCUGUUUAUUUCCUGGCGUUUAUUAAGAAAGUGCUUGUGUGGGACUAUAUAUUCCCUCGAUUUGUUUGAUUUUAAAUUUAGAGGUUAUUUACCUUUUUGGCGAAAUAUUUUUAUUUAUUAUUCUUUAUAA